AUGCGCCUCAACGCAAAAACCGCAAUCUCCACCUCAAAGGUGCUUCUAGUCCCAUACUCCAGCUGGCACGUCCCCCGCUACCACGAAUGGAUGAAAGAUGAGGAAAUCCAAGCCGCCACGGCCUCGGAACCACUUACCCUGGAAGAAGAGUACGCCAUGCAGCGUAGCUGGCGGCAGGAUGCUGAUAAGUUGACUUUUAUUAUUUGUUUGCCUGUUCCUCGGGCUCGGUCUGAGCAUCAGUCUCAGCAUCAGACUGAAAGUCAAGAGCAGCUGCCUGAGUCAGGGCUACGGCUGCAGGACGGAGAUGAUGCUCCCGGGCAGAUGCUCGGCGACAUUAACCUCUUCCUCCGGGCUGAGGAUGACGAUGAAGACGAAGACGGCCCGUCAUGUCCACAGAUCAUUGGGGAGAUUGAGUUGAUGAUUGCCGAGAAGGCAAAUCAGCGAAAGGGCUAUGGGCGGGCCGCGUUGCUUGCGUUUCUGCGGUAUGUGCUUGAGCAUGAGGAAGACAUAGUGGGGGAGUUUGUGCAAGGCACUGGUGCUGGUGCUGGUGCUACAUUACAAGGCAGGACGGACUGGAGGUUCGGCGCGCUGAGUGUGAAGAUUGGAAAGGACAAUGGGCGCAGUCUGGCGCUGUUUGAGAGUGUUGGGUUCUGCAAGGUUAGCGAGGAGCCGAGCUAUUUUGGGGAGUUUGAGUUGAGGAGGGUGCGCAGUGAGCUGUCGCUGGAGAGUGUCGAUGAGGUGAUGGCGAGCGCUGGUGUUGAGGGAUAUACUGAGGUGCUGUAUGAGAGGACUGAAUGA